AUGUGGAAGAACAGAGAGGCUCAGCUGUGCCUUUUUUCAGCUCUUCUUGCCUUCCUGCCCUUUGCUUCCUUGCUCAAUGGAAACUCGAAGUAUAUGGUGCUGGUCCCUUCCCAGCUCUACACCGAGACCCCUGAGAAAAUCUGCCUGCAUCUAUACCAUCUGAAUGAGACAGUGACUGUGACAGCUUCCUUGAUAUCUCAAAUGGGAACAAGAAAACUGUUCGAUGAGCUUGUGGUUGACAAGGACUUGUUCCACUGUGUUUCCUUCACUAUCCCUAGAUUGCCCUCUUUUGAAGAGGAGGAGUCACUCGACAUCAACAUUGAAGGGGCAAAGCAUAAAUUCAGCGAAAGGCGUGUGGUGCUUGUGAAGAACAAAGAAAGUGUUGUCUUUGUCCAGACAGAUAAGCCCAUGUACAAGCCAGGACAGUCAGUUAAAUUUCGGGUUGUCUCUAUGGAUAAAAAUCUACACCCCCUGAAUGAGAUGUUUCCUCUGGCUUACAUUGAGGAUCCGAAAAUGAACCGAAUUAUGCAGUGGCAGGACAUUAAGACAGAGAAUGGGCUUAAGCAACUGUCCUUCAGCCUGUCAGCAGAGCCCAUUCAGGGCCCCUACAAGAUAGUGAUUCUCAAACAGUCAGGAGUGAAGGAAGAGCAUUCCUUCACCGUCAUGGAAUUCGUGCUUCCCCUAGAUUUGGUGUCUGACGUUGAAGGUCCCAAACGCAUCUCUGUAUGCGAUGAAAUAAUCAAUGUGACUGCCUGUGCGACAUAUACCUAUGGGAAGCCUGUCCCAGGACAUGUAAAGAUAAGACUUUGCCAUGGAAAUCCAACCUUUAGCUCUGAGACAAAGUCUGCAUGCAAAGAAGAGGACUCCAAGCUAGACAACAACGGCUGCAGCACACAAGAAGUGAACAUCACUGAGUUCCAAUUAAAGGAAAAUUACCGCAAAGUGCACCAGGCUUUCCAUGUGAAUGCAACUGUUACAGAAGAAGGGACAGGGUCAGAGUUCAGUGGAUCUGGAAGAAUUGAAGUCGAAAGAACCAGAAACAAAUUCCUAUUUCUGAAAGCAGAUUCGCACUUCAGACACGGGAUCCCAUUCUUUGUGAAGGUCCGCCUAGUGGAUAUCAAGGGAGAUCCUAUCCCAAAUGAGCAAGUCUUCAUCAAAGCACAAGAAGCUGGCUACACCAAUGCUACUACCACUGAUCAGCAUGGCUUGGCCAAGUUCUCCAUAGAUACCAGCGGCAUCUCACGAUAUAUCCUCAAUAUCAAAGUCUACCACAAGGAGGAAAAUUCAUGUAGCGAUUCCUCUUGCACAGCAGAAAGACACGCAGAGGCACAUCAUACGGCCUAUGCUGUUUACUCCAUCAGCAAGAGCUACAUCUACCUUGACACAGAAGCUGACGUCUUGCCCUGCAACCAGAUUCACACAGUUCAGGCGCAUUUUAUUCUGAAGGGGCAGCUCUUGAGAGUGCUGCCACAGUUUGUUUUCCACUACCUGGUCAUGGCCCAGGGCAGCAUCCUCCAGACUGGAAACCACACUCAUCAAGUGGAACCAGGAGAAUCUCAAGUACAAGGCAACUUCACCUUGGAGAUCCCUGUGGAGUUCAGCAUGGUUCCCGUGGCUAAAAUGCUCAUCUACACCAUCUUGCCUGAUGGAGAAGUGAUUGCAGAUUCUGUAAAGUUUCAAGUUGAAAAAUGUCUUCGUCAUAAAGUGCACCUGAGCUUCAGCCCAUCCCAAAGUCUUCCAGCCUCACAAACCCAUAUGCGGGUUACAGCUUCUCCUCAGUCCCUCUGUGGCCUGAGAGCUGUGGACCAAAGCGUGCUGCUCCUGAAGCCUGAGUCUGAGCUCUCCCCUUCCUUGAUAUAUGAUCUACCAGGUAUGCAAGACAGCAACUUCAUUCCACGUUCCCACGAUCCAUUUGAAGACGAAGAUCAUUGUGAUUACCGACCAAGAGUCAUUGGAAAGCUCACAUACUCAGUACCAUAUGGACGAGAGAAGGAUGUCUACAGACACGUGAGGGACACGGGUUUAACGGCACUCACCAACUUGAAACUUCGUACAUUUUGUUUUGACUAUGACAUGGUUCCAUUAGCAGUACCUGCUGCGGGAUUUCUUGAUGACUAUUUCGAUAGCUCUUUUGGAGGUUUUCUCUCAGGAAGAAUACAAAGUCCACCUCUUAAAAAGGCAGCACGUAAAGAUCCCCCACCUAAAGAUCCAGUUAUUGAGACCCUUAGGAAUUAUUUUCCUGAAACAUGGGUCUGGGAUUUAGUCACAGUAAACUCCUCAGGAGUGACUGAACUGGAAAUGACAGUCCCUGACACCAUCACUGAGUGGAAGGCUGGAGCCCUCUGCCUGUCCAAUGACACUGGUCUUGGUCUCUCUUCUGUGGCAACUCUCCAAGCCUUCCAGCCCUUCUUUGUGGAGCUCACAAUGCCCUACUCUGUGAUCCGUGGAGAAGCCUUCACGCUCAAGGCCACAGUGAUGAACUACCUCCCUACAAGCUUGCCGAUGGCAGUGCAGCUGGAAGCUUCUCCUGAUUUCACAGCUGUCCCAGUGGGAAAGGACCAAGAUUCUUACUGCCUCGGUGCCAAUGGGAGGCACACCUCUUCCUGGUUGGUAACUCCCAAAUCUUUAGGGAAUGUGAAUUUCUCUGUGUCUGCGGAAGCACAACAGUCACCAGAGCCUUGUGGUUCUGAGGUGGCCACAGUGCCUGAAACCGGGAGAAAGGACACAAUCGUCAAAGUCUUAAUAGUUGAGCCUGAAGGAAUCAAGACAGAGCAUACUUUCAGCUCACUGCUCUGUGCAUCAGAUGCUGAGCUAUCGGAAACAUUGUCUCUGCUGCUUCCACCAACAGUAGUGAAAGAUUCAGCCAGAGCACAUUUCUCUGUGAUGGGUGAUAUCUUGAGUUCAGCCAUAAAAAACACACAAAAUCUUAUCCAAAUGCCCUAUGGCUGUGGGGAGCAGAACAUGGUCCUUUUUGCUCCGAACAUCUAUGUUCUGAAAUACCUGAACGAAACCCAACAGCUGACAGAGAAGAUCAAGUCCAAGGCCCUUGGCUACCUCAGAGCUGGUUAUCAGAGGGAACUGAACUACAAACACAAGGAUGGCUCCUACAGUGCCUUCGGGGAUCACAAUGGCCAGCGUCAAGGAAACACUUGGCUCACAGCCUUUGUGCUCAAGUCUUUUGCCCAAGCUCAAGCCUUCAUCUUCAUUGACAAAUCACACAUCAACAACGCUUUCACCUGGCUCUCCCAUCAGCAGAAGGACAGUGGCUGCUUCAGGAGCUCUGGAUCACUGUUCAACAAUGCCAUGAAGGGGGGAGUCGAUGAUGAAAUCACCCUCUCUGCCUAUAUAACUGUGGCCCUUUUGGAAAGUUUACCCCCAGACACUGACCAUCCUGUUGUCUCCAAAGCUCUGAGCUGCCUAGAGUCAUCUUGGGAGAACAUAGAGCAAGGAGGAAAUGGCAGCUCCGUGUACACCAAGGCACUGAUGGCCUAUGCUUUCGCUCUGGCGGGGAACCAGGAGAAGAGAAAUGAAAUCCUGAAAUCCCUUGAUAAGGAAGCUAUAAAGGAAGACAACUCCAUUCACUGGGAAAGACCUCAGAAACCCGUGAAAUCAGCGCGUUCUCUGUACAAACCCCAGGCUUCCUCUGCUGAAGUAGAGAUGAAUGCCUAUGUCAUCUUAGCUCGCCUCACUGCCCAGUCAGCCCCAUCCCCUAAGGACCUGGCUUUGUCAAUGGGCACCAUCAAGUGGCUCACAAAGCAGCAGAAUUCCCGUGGUGGCUUCUCCUCCACACAGGACACUGUGGUGGCCCUCGAUGCUCUGUCCAAAUAUGGAGCAGUUACUUUUUCCAAAAGCCAGAAAACUCCUUCGGUGACUGUCCAGUCUUCAGGGUCAUUUUCCCAAAAGUUCCAAGUAGACAACAGUAAUCGCCUGUUACUGCAGCAGGUUGCAUUACCAGACAUUCCUGGGAACUAUACCAUCAGUGUGUCAGGGGAAGGAUGUGUGUAUGCUCAGACCACGCUGAGAUACAACAUGCCCUUGGAGAAGCAGCAGCCUGCAUUUGCUCUAAAGGUGCAGACAGUACCCCUGACUUGUAACAACCCCAAAGGCCAGAACAGCUUCCAGAUCUCACUAGAAAUCAGUUACACGGGGAGCCGUCCAGCCUCCAACAUGGUGAUUGCUGAUGUGAAGAUGCUCUCUGGUUUCAUCCCAUUGAAACCAACAGUGAAGAAGCUUGAAAGAUUAGAGCACGUAAGCAGAACAGAAGUGACCACCACCAACGUCCUGUUAUAUUUGGACCAGGUAACCAAUCAGACACUGUCCUUCUCCUUCAUCAUUCAACAAGACAUCCCAGUAAAGAACCUGCAGCCUGCCAUUGUGAAAGUGUAUGACUACUAUGAGACCGAUGAAAUGGCUUUUGCUGAAUACAGCAGCCCCUGCAGCUCAGGUAAGCACCUAGCACCCCUCCCACACCCAUUCCUCUGA